GCAUCCCCGCUCCCGCUCCUCCGGCCCCCGCGGGAGGCCUGUCCUGCGCCCCAAGCCCCGGGGCGGUCCCGCGCGGGUCACCGAACGCUGGCCUCCGGCUGCGCGCCCGGGAGCGUCAGGGCAGAGGCGGGGUGGGGCGCAGUUAAAAGGCACUGCAGGUGGGGGCCCCGCCGACUGCAGGCUCCAGACGCCGACUCGACUGCCCGCCUGGCUGCAGCGAGGGCGCUGCUGCGCGCCCAGAGCCCCGCGCCCGGACCCGCGCGGCCGCAGUGCCAGCCAAACAGUUCUGUGGAUGAAGAAAACUACCCACAAGAGAUCAUGCAGUAGACAUGUGGGAGGAGUUACAGGACCAUGGCCACAGCUGCUAUCUUUUCCUAAGAGGCAACAUCUUCGCUUACAUCCAGAAGCUGCACAAAGAUUUACAUUCAUGCCGUGAUGGUGCCAUGCUGGCCUCUAGGCUGUCACAUGCUGGAGAAAGAGAAAGCCUGAGCCUUGAAGUGGGAGCCUUGCCCUGGUUCCCCUCCGGCCGAUAGGCUGGGAGACCUGGGAGUCAGGCUCAGGUGUCAGGCUCAGGUGUGCUUACUUUGCUGUGACGUCAAGGCCUUUAUCAAGUCAAAUGCCUCAACUCUCCAAACGAACGUGGAAAUUAUGAGGAGUGUGUUCCAUUCUCAGCCUAUCAAAUAUUUGCUGACUGACUUUAAAAGGGUCAUCUAAAGAGGACAGAACUAUCCGGAAGGGUCUUUUCCACCUCAGCACUGAGUCUGACACUGAUGUUUAGUGUUUUAAUUUUGGUUCUGUCGUCAGUGAAACUAAAAUGGCAUCCUUAAGGAAACUAAAUAAAUUCUUAAAUAAGAAAUUUUAAAACAGUGAAGAACUUCCAUUCCUGUGUGCAGAAUGCUAAUGGACUUAAAUUAUUUGAAUUGUCAAAGGAACGGACAGUCUAUCGUCAUAAUGCUGUGUGUACCAUCAGAAGAAUAAGCCAACACAAUGGACUGGGGAACCCUGCACACAUUCAUCGGGGGAGUCAACAAACACUCCACCAGCAUCGGGAAGGUGUGGAUCACCGUCAUCUUCAUUUUUCGUGUCAUGAUCCUCGUUGUGGCCGCUCAAGAAGUGUGGGGUGAUGAGCAGGAAGACUUCGUCUGCAACACUCUGCAGCCUGGAUGCAAAAACGUGUGCUACGACCACUUUUUCCCUAUCUCCCACAUCCGGCUCUGGGCCCUGCAGCUCAUCUUCGUGUCCACGCCGGCCCUGCUGGUGGCCAUGCACGUGGCCUACCACAGACAGGAAGCCGCCCGCAAGUUUCGGCGAGGAGAGAAGAGAAAUGAAUUCAAGGAUCUGGAAGACAUUAAAAAGCAGAAGGUUCGGAUCGAGGGGGCCCUGUGGUGGACAUACACCUGCAGCAUCUUUUUCCGAAUCAUCUUCGAAGCAUCCUUUAUGUACGUGUUUUACUUCCUGUACAAUGGAUACCACCUGCCCUGGGUGCUGAAAUGUGGGAUCGACCCCUGCCCCAAUCUCGUCGACUGCUUCAUCUCUAGACCUACGGAGAAAACCGUGUUCACCAUUUUUAUGAUUUCCGCGUCUGUGAUUUGCAUGCUGCUUAAUGUGGCUGAGCUGUGCUACCUGCUGCUGAAGGUGUGUUUCAGGAAGUCAAAGAGAGUGCAGACGCAAAGGAACCACCCUAGCCAUGCCCCCAAGGAGAGCAAGCAAAACGAAAUGAAUGAGCUGAUUUCAGAUAGCGGCCCAAACGCAGUCACUGGUUUUCCAAGUUAGACAUUUCAAAGUGCGAGGUAGCUGGCUCCUAACAGAACUGGUGGCCUCUCCUGGAGGCAGUGCCCACCACGAACCCCUCUCUAGGCUGGAGACUUGGUCUUUAUAAAUGGCUUUCAUAAGACAUAGACACUUGACUUAACGUUUUGUAGAAUAUCUGUGCCAUUAAUAUACAACAUAAUCAAAUGUGCAUCCCAUCGCUGAACACUGAGGCAUGUUGACAACUGCCUUACGUUACUUUCCCAUGUCUAAGUGGAUCGUCUAACGUAGUGGAUAUUUCCUGAAAAUUUAAGGAUGUAGCUGUUGUUGAUAAAGAACAUUUAUCUAGAAAUUGAUGCUUUUAUUAGUAAAAGAUAUUUUUAUAGAAUUGAAUGUUUUAGUUCUGACUUUGGAUUUAUAUAAAGUAUUUUUAUAAUAACUGGUCUUCCUUACCUGGAAAAACAUACAAUGUUAGUUUUAGAAUUAUACCAUCAGUAUCUAAAUUUGGAACUUAUGGUAUCUUGUAAAUAUUGUUUUACAUUAUCUGUUGACACAUUUAUGAACUACCAUGAUACUCUUCAGGUGGAAGUGUUCAUUGCACAGUAUAUUUUCACUGCUUUCUGAAUGUAGACAGAGCUGUGUGGAAGCGGGAAGCUUUGUAAAACUGGCCUAUUGGCAUUCAUUGUGAACAGCUCACCUCAAUAAAGAUGGGCCCCACUGCUUACA